AUGACGUCCAUUCAAGAACAAGAUUUGGUUCUCUUCAAAGACAACAGCAUAGUGUCAGACAAAUUACUAUCUUCUUCUUCCUCACAUCUUUCCAUAAUCGCAUAUACAGAGGGGACGCAGCCCACCUGGUUUGUCAAUUCACUAAUUGAAAACUCAUUAGUUGGAACCGCCUGUUUGGUUAACAAAGACCUCACCAAACAAACUCCAAAAAGAAGUCAGGUGAUCUACAUAUCGUUCUCUAAUUUGCUAGAGUUCUAUACUAAAGCAUGUAAGAAGAACGGGGUUGACUUAUCUAGAGAGUCCAAUUUUCAUUUCAUUGACUGCUUCACUGAUUUAUUCACCAAGCACAUAACCAAUCCUGAAAACGCUUCGUCACAAACUUCAAAGUUGUUCAGCUUCAUUAUCAAACAACUACUGAUGGUUCCAGGUGUAAACAAGAUUGUAUUUAUCGAAAACCCCGAGAUCUUAUUGACUGCUACAAGCAUAUCCAGUGUUGAACUAUCCAACUCUCUUGUCAAACUCAACCGCUUAUGUCGAAACUUAUUUGUGAUAUCGUGCCAUACAAGUCCUCAGAUCGUGGAUAUCCACUCAAAGGAGGCUUACGAUCCUAACUUCAAGACUUCAGACUUUCUAGUGAAAUUGCACCAAAGAGCUCAUUUGAACAUCUACUUAGAGCCUCUAACAACAGGAAGAGCUAAAGACAUCACUGGAAUCUUGACAGUUUCAAAGGGACCGCUUCCAUUUGAGUCUAGUAUCAUAAUCGAUGAGAAAAGCUACACCUACAACGUUACGAAAGAAUCGAAUAUCAAAUUAUAUUUCCGUUAG